AUGCAUCCUGGGGUUAUUGGGGAUCUUUACAUCUGCUGUGUUACGUCGUACAAGUCGUUGGUGAAAGCUGCCUGUAGGAACGACAAGAAAACCAGAACUUGGUUUAAUAUCUUUCAAAAUGAGUACCAGCUGCUUUGUCUGUGGGGGAAUGACUUUGAUGUCGAGAGGGGUGGUCUCGACACACGGUUAGAGCGCUCGGGGAACCUCAAGUUUUUAACAUUAUCAACGCUCGUUUCCUUGGCAAAGAGCAUUUUUCGAUGCCGCAGACAUAAGAAAAUAUUCAAAAAUCCCGAGUUAUCAGUGAAAAGUGUGAUAGUGAAAUUGACCCAGGCGGAGGAUGCAUUGAAAGCAAGCAAAUUGGUUCACUGUCACAGCACUGCAAACAAUGAUAAAGAUAACGAUGAAAGAGAUGAUGAAAGCGAUGAUGAAAGCGAUGAUGAAAGGGAUGAUGAAAGGGAUGAAAGGGAUGAAACGGAUGAAGGGCUCGAUGAAGGUAGAGUGGAAGACUUUGAUGACGUGCUUGAAGAUAUUAAGACCUACACGAGAGGGUUGUUGGAUUUGACUCCAUCGAUUGAAUCGCCAGCGAAGGAUCCUCCACGCCGUGAUUUGGAAGACUCAAAUUCCCAGGACCACCUUGUUCCCGUCUCCUCUCGGGCCGUUGCAUCUGACAGGGAUGCGGACCAGUGA